AUGCCGGGCUCGGAGCUGGCGUCGCGCGCCGGGUCACUGGCCGCUCCGGCGGCGGCUGCCCCCAGCCCGAGCCUGCGCGCGUCCGGGGACAACUUGCAGCCGGCUCUCAAGGAGAUGGGUAACUUGCGGCUUAUCCUGGCCUUAAACAUCGCAAUUUGUCAGCAAAUGAGUCUAGCUGAGAGUGAUUUGGAGGAUGAAGAAGUUGUACAAAGUGCUCCCAGUCCAAGAGCAGUGGCAGCCCUGUCGCGGUACUACCACACGAGGUGCGCGGGCUCCGCGGCGGACUCGCGGGCCACGGAGGGCGUGUGCCUGGGACUGCUGGAGUGCCGCGCCGAGGGCGGCGCCAGCAUCGGCAGCUGCGGUCUGCUCGGCGUCUGCUGCGCAGUCGAACGGAGCUGUUUCUCUUCCUCAGCCUUGAAGGUUUCGUAUUUUGUCGGACCUUCUGACACGAUGACAACGUCUUGCAGUUUCAACGUUCAAGUAAAAAACCCAGCAGUCUGUCAAGUAAGGCUGGACUUCGAGAACUUCAACCUGGCCCAGCCCACGGGCGCCUCCACGGACGGCCAGCAGUACUGGUUCGGCUGCGACACGGACCGCUUCUCCGUCGCGAGCCCCUACUCCGGCAACCUGGGCUUCAAGCACCUGUGCGGGCGGAACCACGGCCAACACAUGUACGUGCCCGCCAACAGCACGCCGGCCAUGGACUACCUGGUGCUGCGCGUGCAGCUGGGCAGCGAGCGGUCGCGCGUGUCGUGGCGCAUCAAGGUGACGCAGCUGGAGUGCGAGCAGCCCGCCCCUCCCCCGUGGGCGCUGCCCUCGCCCGUGCUCUCCGCGCUCAACCGGCAGCUGCAGAGCCUGCGCUCCGAGACCAGGGCCGACCUGGACGUGCUCGCGCCACCAGGGUGUCUCCAGUAUUACACAAACAGUACUGGAACAUUUGAAAGUUUUAACUAUGAUGGGACUGCUGGAAGAUAUCUGCCAGAACUGAACUACGCCAUCUGUUUCAAGAGAUAUCCAGACACUUGUCAGAUAAGUUACUCGUUUGAAGACUUCCAAGUGGGCGCAGUCACCGGCAACGCCAACUACACCAACCAAGACUGUGAGGACGCAACCACUUACAAGGAUUACUUAUACAUACCUUCGGUUUCUGAUUCGGACCAAGGCAUCAAGUUCUGUGGGAACCAGACGAGUCUGCCAAUCCAAGUCUCCAAGUCCCCUGGACCACUUCAGGUGCAUUUCCACAGUAACGUGUGGAGACUCAAGAUAUUUCAACAAUAUGGUUUCAAGAUCCAUUACACCACCCAGAGUUGUUGACUGCCUUCUACUGCGAAAAACUAUAUUUUUCAAGUGACCUUAGAAAAAUUUAAUGAACAACUACGAGUCCAUAAGAAUGUUUACAGCAAGCGCUAAUGUGUUUCCCUACAAACUGUAUACAUAUUUUACAUUAAGAACUUAUUUCAGUGCAGUUAGUGGAAUAAAUAUUGGAGUUUGUAGUAAUUAAUAUGAUAUUUCGUGUAAAUAUUUACAAACUUAAUUUUAUUUUGUGUGUUUUAAAAAGAUAAUUAAUUUACAAAAAUGCAUAUACUUAUAUAAGUUUAUGUAUCCUUUGUGUAGUACUACACAGAUAUACACAAGCAAAUAAGUGCACACGAACAGUUAAAACUUACAACAACAGACGCUGCCGUAAAUAUUUCCUUGCUAGGCUUGGUUCACAAUUAAUAAAAAAAAAGCAAGUGCACAGACGCCUGUGCGUACAACUAUGCGCAAAACCUGUACGAAAUUGGAUAAAAAUUUAAUUCUUAUGGAUUAAUUUUAGCCAAUGAAACAUUUAUAUGUAUCUGACAUCUGUUGUAGUGUUAUUUAAUAAAUAUUUUAACUAUUUGGUA